AUGAAACUGUGUGCCAUUCUCAAGGGAAAUAUAACUUCCAUUGGUUCAGCUAUUUCAGACUUUGAAAACAAUCGAACAGACGAGUUCUUUGAAAUUGUCAACGGCUACUACCAGCUAAUCAGGGGCCAAGUACUCAAGGCAACAGACAUCAAUAGUGGCAAUGAGACCUCAAUCGUAUUGAAAUUCGAUGACUACAGAGUUACUAGCAGGUCAGAACAUUCUCUUGGCCCAGGGAAAGAUGGUUUUUUGGCCCGUGGCUAUCCAGGAUAUCCUCGAUUCGAUUUCAUGAUUGGACCAGUGUUCAUUCAGGUGUCUAUUAGUGAGUUUAGAGACCACAACAAAGAAUCAAAGGGUAUAAGGAAAGCGUUUGAACGACCCUACAAGGAUAUGUUCGGCAAAAUUAAGUGCUACUUGGAUGAACUGUAUGGUGGAGAGCAUAGAGUCGAAACUAAUGCCGAGGAGGUUGUUCCUGGGUUCUGGAUCGUCUACAUUUGUGGCGGAGAUGUCAAACUGAAGGAUCACGGUAGCCUCGUUAAAGAGUUAGCUGAUGUGGCACAUUUUGACUUUGAUACUGAGGAGCUUCUCAUAAGCAGCCUAGUAUUCAUUGCUGUCUGGGUAGUCAAAUGUAUCUUGCAUCCAGAAUAUGUGAUGAGUUUGAGUAGCGAUGCUAUGAAUGGACACGCCUUCCUUGAUAUGCAUAAUCAGUCAACACAGCUUAAACUGGAGGUCAAACGUCUUCGUGUCUGAGAAACGGAUGGAAGCAUCGUGUGUGAACUUUGAAAGUGUGGACUGCAUAUUUUCAAAACCUUUCAAUGCUUGUUAUUGUACAGUUGAUGCAAUUCCUGAUCUGAGAGGUUCUCAUUGGAUCAUUGGAUAAUACAUCUGAUGGCUCAGCA